UGUUUUGAUUUACUCACAUACAAAACUGGAAUGGAAACGUGGUUUAAGAAAUCUAUUUUUACCUCUCAAUUUGUAGUGUAUAUAUUAAAUAUGUAAUUUGUUAACAUCAACUCAAGAGGGUAAUUGAACAUUCCACAUAACCAAAUUGUGUCAGGAUUUUCCGUAUUUUUUUCAAUUUUCCUUAUUGGACUGCAUGGAAACUUUUCCGUAGUACCAGUCAUGGCAGUGAAGCGCGAUUGUGGGAUGCACAUUGCUAGGUGGGGUUUAUCGUGUGGCUGUAUAAAUACAUGAGCGCAACUUCACAACGCCUCUGCAAGCUCAGUCUGAGAAAGUUUUCCAGUCCCUUUCGUUGGGCAGCCGGUAAAAUAUCAUAUUUUUGAUUCAAUAGACCUACUCCAGGAAAUUGAACACCGCGACAUCGAGCCCAGUCCUUUCUCUUCAAACCCGUGCCACCAUGUCCUUCAUCGCAGCCUUCUUGCAGCAGACUGUCUAUCUGGGCCUGCCCGAUGACUCGACCUUACCCAAUCAGGGCACUGUGACUCCUGACCCGCAUUUCAGUGUCGAUGGGGAUGUAGGCAUCUUGGAUAAGGCCAUCAAGGCCAAAGGUGUGGAUGAGAACACCAUCAUUGAUGUGCUGGUGAGGAGGAGCAAUGCCCAGAGACAGCAGAUCAAAGCUACCUAUGAGAAGGCUAGCGGCAAGCCUCUGGAGACUGCCCUGAAGUCGGCCCUAAAGGGAGACCUGGAGGAUGUGGUUCUGGCUCUGCUCAAGACCCCAGCCCAAUAUGACGCCCAACAGCUCAAACUGGCCAUGAAGGGAUUGGGCACAGAUGAGGAUACUCUGGUUGAGAUUCUGGCCUCCAGGACCAAUAAGGAGAUCAGAGAGAUAAAGAAAGUCUAUAAGGGAGAAUACAAAAAGGAGCUAGAGGAUGACAUCAAAUCUGACACAGGCGCAGACUUCAGGAAUGCUCUGCUCUCGCUCUGCAAGGCUACUAGGAAUGAGGACACCAUGGUGAACCAGGAACUUGCUGACAGUGAUGCCAGGGCCCUGUAUGAGGCUGGAGAGAAGAGGAAGGGAACAGACUGCUCUGUCUUCAUUGACAUUCUGACCUCCAGAAGUGCUCCUCAGCUCCGCCAAGCGUUUGAGAGGUACUCCAAGUACAGUAAGGUGGAUGUGGCAAAGGCUAUUGACCUGGAACUGAAGGGGGACAUUGAGAACUGUCUGACUGCCGUAGUGAAGUGUGCUGGAAGCAAGCCUGCUUUCUUUGCUGAGAAGCUCAACUUGGCAAUGAAGGGUAGAGGAACCAGGACCAAUAUUCUGACCCGGGUCAUGGUGAGCAGGUCUGAAGUCGACCUGGCCCGGAUUAAACAGGAGUACAAGAAGACGUUUGGGAAAACCCUCUCCCAGGAAAUUCUGGAUGACACCAAGGGAGACUAUGAGAAGAUCCUACUGGCCCUGUGUGGAAGUGACAACUAACUUUCUCUCAGAUCUCACCUGGAGCCAAUUACCACAGUGCAUGACUGCCAAUGGAGAAUAAUGUACAUGAUUAAAUGUCCCCCCCCCCCCCAUGCAAAAUAUUAUGGUUCAUGACAACUGAAAUGGCAGUCAUGAUUCAUUGUUCUCUACCUGCUAACAGCAAUGAGCACAGUCAACAUGGUAAGCAGCAUUGACAAAUAUUUAGCCAAGCUUCAGCAGACUUGAGGAUCUAUAGUGCAAUAUACCAGACACCAUUUGUGUCUCAAGAAUUUGCAGUGGCGUUGUGCCCUGGAUAACUGGUCCUUUGUGCAAAUAAAGUGUUUUGUGGCUCCAAA